GACGAGUGAGGCGCACUCUCCGCCAACAUGGAGGCAUUCUGGGCAGCUUCUGCCUUUGAAUUUAAAGAAUAAGACUUGUUUGUUUUAACAAGGGCUUGCUCCGCUWACUAGUUUAAAGUUAGAUGCAACACCGAGACCUUAUCUUGGAAUGUCCAAGAUAAGGCGGAAAGUAACAGUGGAGAAUUCAAAGACGAUAUCUGACAGCAGCAGCACCACGACCAGCAGCACCACYAACCCCACCGCCCCGUCUCGCAGACCCAGUGUGUUCGAAAGACUCGGUCCCAGCACUGGGACUAAUGCUGCUGAUAGUCACUGUAGAAAUUGGCUGAAGACCGGUAGCUGCAGUUACGGCAACACUUGUCGCUACACACAUGGAACUCAGCCACGAGGCAAAGGAUUCAGCUUUAACCGGUCAGCAGAGAGACCCACAGGUGAUCUGCGGGAGAGGAUGAAAAACAAACGACAGGAUGUCGACCCGGAAAACUUGAAGCGAGACUUGGACGAGCCGACAUCCCCGACAGUGAGAAGAGACUCCUCAAGAGGCCGACACAGGGAAAAGGAAGAUAUAAAGAUCACUAARGAGCGCACACCAGCCAGUGAAGAAGAGCCAGCAGAGUGGGAUACRAACCGAGAAGAUUCUGAUAUCGGUGAUUACGACUACGAGUUGUCCCUAGAGAUGAAGCGACAGAAAAUUCAAAGGGAGCUAAUGAAACUGGAGCAGGAAAAUUUAGAGAAGAGAGAAGAUGUCAAGAAAGACGAGACUUCACUAAAAUCCAGAAGCACAGCACUGCCGAAAGUGAAACACAAGGCCUCAACUGAGCUGYUGAGCUGCAAAGAUUCGCCCUCAUCCAGAAAGUCUUGCAGCCCCCCAAAACACAAAAGUGGAACUAAAGGGUCCGGCUCCGGGAAGAAGGAGAAGAAGGGAUCAUUGGCCUUAGCUGUUUCCGAAACCACCAAGUCUUCAAAAGGAAGCCACAGUAAGAAGAAAGGUCCCCGGACCCCAAGUCCUCCUCCUCCUGUUCCUCUGGACAUUCCUGUGGUCGGGAAGAAACACAAAGGAAAGCACAAAAACAAGGAGAAGGCUGAGGAGAAGCAGAAAGAMGGGAAAGAUCGAGGACGAGACGCAGAAAAACACAAAGAGAAGAAAGAAAAACGCAG